CUCUCUCUCUCAAUUCCAACCAAAAGAAACAACCAACAAAUCCCAACCCAUAGACCAAGAACACCCGAAGUUGAUCAUUCGAAAUUUGUAAUUGAAAUCACGAGAACAAGAAACUUUCUCUCUAACGGUUAAUCAUAACAACGAAUUAAAGUUCAGAGUGAUAGAUAGAGAAAAAAGCAAAAUCUUCUUUCGAAUCUGUUCAUUGUGAACAUUUCGAGCUGCUGCUGCUGCGUCUCUAUACCAAUCAUCAUCUUCUCAUCUCAUUAUUAGCAAUCUUUCAUUCAGUUAGUUGAUCAAAAAUACGUUAACUUUGAACGCGAUUUUUAAUAUUAGUUGAUCUUCAUUGUUAUCACCUGACACGAACACUUCCCGAUCUGUUAUUUCAAUUGAAAAAUUAAUUGUGUUGUGACAAUUGACUUUAUAUUUGGUUACCUGGAAAUUUUCAGGAUUCAACAGAUUCCAAAGGCUUCAUUGAAACUUGAUAGGUGAUAUUCACUGAACGAUUAACUCUAAUCAAAGGAUUAAGAAUUAAAUUAAAAACCGACAAUUAAAUGGCUUUUAAUUGUGGAUCAAUUUUUAUCAUCUUAAUUAUAUGGCCUUUAAUUUGGGCUGCUGAUUCAGUUGAACCUUCAUUUGAUCAUCAGUUAACAUCUCAUGAGAUUAAGACAGAUGAUAAUGGUAAACAAAGGAUUGUCGAUGGAUUAAGUUACCUGUUGGAUAAUCCAAGAUCAUCAUCAUCACAAUUAACAGGAUCAUCAUCAUCGUCAACAAGUAACUCCAAUUUGUAUGAUGAUUUAUAUGGAAAUAGAGGAAAUAAUUAUCUCUCAUCAUCAGAGGAUAAUAAUAAUAAUCUAAUUGAUUCGGUUUUUGACCAGCCCGGAAAACGGAAGUUUAUCCCAUUACGAGGUCGAAAGGAAUCAGAAUUACCAGUUUAUCAUUAUUAUUAUCCAGGAAUUAAUUCAUUUAAUGAUGGUUACCGGAAGAAAGCUGCUUUCACCGGAAUGAGGGGUAAAAAAAUGGACUCAAGAAUUAACAGCAAUCAACUUAAUCAUCAGCAACAAUCAACAGGAUUGACCAGUAGACAAAUUUUCGGCUCAUUGAUUGCUGACCUUCCAUGGGUCAGUCUCGCUAAUCUCAAUGAUCCCAAUGGACUUAAACGAAGUCGACCCUUUUCAGCCAUGAGGGGCAAGCGAUCAACUUAAUUACUAAAGAAAAUGUAAAUGCAAGAUUGGGAAUAAAAGAAAAAUUUUAUCGAAAUCAGCUGAUCAUCAUCAACGAUAAUCUCCCCCUCUCUCUCUCUCUCAUAUAAUCAUCUCUUCACAAUCAAAAUAAAAAACAAAUGCAAUCCAAUCAGCUUAAUUGCUUAAUCCUAAUUAAUAUGGACUAAUAAAAAUAUUAUUAAUUACCAAUGAUAAGACAAAAAUGAUGUUACUAACUUUAAAUUGUGAAAACAAUCAAAUCGUUAACUAAUCAAUUGAAAUUGAUCCUUUGAAAUUUACUAAUUGUCCAAAACAAAUUGUUCAGUUCAAAUUUAGUAUAUAGUUUAAAUUGUUAAUUUAAUCACAAUUGUUUCUUUCCUCUUCAUUUGUCAAUUGAAUAACAAAAACAAUUAAACAUUACAAUUAAGACUUUCAA